AUGUAUCCCUCAAGCCUUCUUCUCUUGGCUUCUUCAGCCGCCGCGUUCUCAUUACCAGAUGUGUCCGCUAUCCUCCCAUUAUUUUCUCGUGAGAGUGGUGGCAGCAGCUGUCCAUCCAAGUGGAAUGAUAUCUCAAAGGAGCUCACUUCCAAAUUCUUGUCAGACGGACAGUGCAAUCCAGAUGCCCGCGCUGCCAUCAGGCUGAUUUUCCACGAGUGCGGUUCCUGGAACAAAGCACAAGGUGCGAAAGGUGGCUGCGAUGGGAGCCUAAUACUCUCAUCAGAGGAGUUGUUACGCUCUGAGAACAAGGGCCUCGAAGGCAUUGCAGGAUACAUCAAAGACCGAGCCAACUUCUAUCAAACCAGCGUCGCAGACAUGAUUGUCUUCGCCGGCAAUCACGCAGUCGUCACAUGUCCCGGCGGCCCCGUCGUCAAAACCUUCGUCGGCCGCAAAGACUCCACAACCGCCGCUCCCGACGGCCUCCUUCCUGACGUCAACGCCCCUGCCGCCGACCUCUUCAAACUCUUCCAAGACAAAGGCUUCAACGAAGUCGAUCUUGCCGCCCUACUAGGUGCACACUCCACCUCCAACCAGUUCAACUUCAACACCACCGACGGAGCCAAGGGCCAGCCACAAGACUCCACCCCUGGCGUUUGGGACGUCAAGUACUACGCCGAAACACUGAAUGCGCCGAAGGGCGUUGUUGUGUUUCCGUCUGACAUCAAGUUGGCGGCGCAUCCGACUGUGGGCAAGGAGUUCAAGGGAUUUGUUAACAACCAAGGGAAGUGGAAUGGGAAGUUCGCUGAUGCCAUGGGGAGGAUGGCGCUAUUUGGGAGUGGGACGACGGAUGGGAAGGGUCUCAUUGAUUGCACCGGUGCGUUGCCGAGGGCGACAAAUGCGAAGAGGGAGAUGAGGGCUAUGCCGAUGUUUGCUUGUCGUCAUUAA